AUGAAAUUCAUAGCACUGAUAUCAGGUGGAAAAGACUCAUUCUACAAUAUUUUUCACUGUUUGAAGAACAAUCAUGAAUUGAUUGCCUUGGGAAAUUUACACCCAAGAGAAUCAGAAGAACAAGAAUUAGACUCUUUCAUGUUCCAAACAGUAGGGCAUGACUUAAUAGACUAUUAUUCUAAAUGUAUUGGUGUUCCACUAUUUAGACGCUCAAUAUUACGAAACACUUCUAAUAAUGUCGAGUUGAAUUAUACUGCUACUCAGGAUGAUGAAAUCGAAGAGCUGUACGAACUUCUGAGGACUGUCAAAGAUAAAAUUCCUGAUUUAGAAGCUGUUAGUGUAGGGGCCAUUCUAUCAUCCUACCAGAGGACCAGAGUGGAAAAUGUCUGUUCCAGAUUGGGUCUCGUGGUGCUAAGCUAUUUGUGGCAAAGGGAUCAAGCUGAGUUGAUGAGUGAAAUGUGCCUUAUGUCCAAAGAUGUUGACGGUGAUGAAAACGAUACUGAUUCAGGGAAUAAAUUUGAUGCCAGGAUCAUCAAGGUAGCAGCAAUUGGAUUAAACGAGAAACACUUAGGCAUGUCCUUGCCUAUGAUACAACCAGUUCUACACAAACUAAACCAACUUUAUCAAGUUCAUAUCUGUGGAGAGGGUGGAGAGUUUGAAACAAUGGUUUUGGAUGCACCUUUCUUCAAACACGGAUACUUGAAAUUGAUCAAUAUCGUUAAAUGCAGUGAUGGUGAAGUUCACAAUGCAAGAUUGAACGUAAAAUUUCAACCUCGUAAUUUGAGCCAAGUUUUUUUACAGGCUCAGUUAGACCAAUUACCUGUACCUUCAAUUUUUCAUAAUGACUGGCAAGAAUUAACCCAGGUGCUGGCGAAACAAGUUGAAACGAGAGAACGAAGGUUUGGUGAUUUUGUGUCAAAUACUAUAGCGGAGACGUCAAUCAAUAAAAUUAAUGACAAGUUGUACAUCUCAAACCUACAAUCACGUGAAAGCGAAACUGUGGAAGAACAAAUUGAGAAUAUUUUUGCUGAACUGGCUGAUAUUAUGAAUUCUAAAGAGAUACCACGUAAUCAUAUUCUAUCGUCAUCGUUAUUAAUCAAAGAUAUGUCUAAUUUUGGCAAAAUUAAUAAAAUAUACAAUGAAUUUUUAGAUUUGGCAAAACACGGACCGUUGCCACCAUCAAGAGCCUGCGUAGGUUCGAGAUGCCUGCCCGAAAAUUGCCACGUACAGUUAUCAGUUAUCGUCGGUAUAAAAAGUAAGUUCAAAGGUAAAAUCAACAAGAAUAAGGGUGGACUACAUGUUCAAGGACGUUCAUAUUGGGCCCCAUGCAAUAUUGGUCCAUACUCUCAAAGCAUUUGGUUAAACGAUGAUGCAAACCAGGUGAGUUUUAUUAGUGGGCAAAUUGGACUAGUACCACAGUCAAUGGAAAUACUUGAAACAUCUCUCACUGACCAAACAGUUUUGGCAUUACAACACUUUGACACCUUGUGUAAAACAAUAGGUGCUCAGGAAAAAUUGCUAAUGACAUGCUAUAUUUCAGACGAGUCCAUUCUCAACUCUGUCUGCAAAACUUGGUCGCUUUAUUGCUCAAAUCUGAGUCAUGGAUGUGGAUCGAUGAACAAAUCAAAUGAUAUUGAAAGAUGCUUAAUUCUCGUAAGGAUUUCUGAAUUACCUAGAGGUGCUGUCGCAGAAUUUGGUGGUGUUACUUGUAAGAGAUUAAUAGUAGAUGAUAAUGAUUCCGAGGAAAAAGAAAGGGAAGAAACGGAAGAAAAUGAAGAUAUUUCGCACAAGCUCCGAAAAUUAAAUUUGAAUAGUGAAGCUUUUCAUAGCAUUACAGUAAGUUUGCCAAGAUCUAAUAGAAACUUUACUACGGGAUUUGUAGAUGAUAGAGAGAAGUUAGAACUUAUCGUCGAAAAUACCUCAAAAUCAGCCCAGGUAACCCUCUAUUAUAAUCCCGAAGAAACCAUCACCUUCCAUCACCACAUAGAAUAUUAUCCGGUAGAGAAAAUUUUCGAUUACCGUGGUGUAGAACACCGCUUUGGGUUGCACAUUCGUUCCUAA